CUCCUCCCUCCUGGUGAAAGACAGACUGCGGGGCGCCUGGAAACCGGUCCGAGGGCGCGCGCGAGAGAGGAGAGCAAGCGAGUUGAGGGAUUGACACAAAUGGUCAGGCGGCGGCGGCGAAGAAGGAGGCGGAGGCGCAGAGGGGAGCCGAGGCCGCUGGGCUGCCGAGAGUCGCGCGCUGUACGGGGCCGCGGCCACUAGCGCGGCGCCGCCAGCCGGGAGCCAGCUAGCCAAGGGCCAGGAAGGCGGGACGCGACCCGAGCCACCCGGGCUCUCCUCGCAGCCCGCGCUUCAUGAAUCGCAAGUUUCCGCGGCGGCGGCGGCUGCGGGACGCGGAGCGGGAGCCGGGAGAGCGGGCCGUGCGCGGCCCGGGCUCGACGGAGGGCACCGGCGGGGAGGAGAUCGCCCCGGCCGCAGGGGGAGCCGCCACCGGCCGCGCCACCGCCAGCCCCAGCCGAGCGGCGCCCAGAAAGGAGCCGAGAAAGUAUGGCUGAGGAGGAGGCGCCUAAGAAGUCCCGGGCCUCGGGCGGCGGCGCGAGCUGGGAACUUUGUGCCAGGGCUCUCGCGGCUGGGCCGGUGGCAGAGGGAAGCGGGGACACGGGCAGCCGCCGCCGCCGUCCCUCAGCUCACUCCCGGCACUUAGCGCGCCGGCUGCUACUACUGCUUUGGCUGCUGGAGGCUCCGCUGCUGCUGGGGGUCCGGGCGCAGGCGGCUGGUCAGGGGCCCGGGCCGGGACAGCAGCCCCCGCCUCCGCCACCUCAGCAGCAGCAGAGCGGGCAGCAGUACAACGGCGAGCGGGGCAUCUCUAUACCGGACCACGGCUACUGCCAGCCCAUUUCCAUCCCGCUGUGCACGGACAUCGCAUACAACCAGACUAUCAUGCCUAACCUGCUGGGCCACACGAACCAGGAGGAUGCGGGCCUCGAGGUGCACCAGUUCUAUCCGCUAGUGAAGGUGCAGUGCUCGGCCGAGCUCAAGUUCUUCUUGUGCUCCAUGUACGCGCCCGUGUGCACUGUGCUGGAGCAGGCUCUGCCGCCUUGCCGCUCCCUGUGCGAGCGCGCGCGCCAGGGCUGUGAGGCGCUCAUGAACAAGUUCGGCUUCCAGUGGCCUGACACACUGAAGUGCGAGAAGUUCCCGGUGCACGGCGCCGGCGAGCUGUGCGUGGGCCAGAACACUUCGGACAAGGGCACCCCGACGCCCUCAUUGCUGCCUGAGUUCUGGACCAGCAAUCCCCAGCAUGGCGGCGGGGGUCACCGCGGCGGCGGCGGCUUCCCGGGCGGCGCCGGCGCGUCAGAGCGAGGCAAGUUCUCGUGCCCGCGCGCCCUCAAGGUGCCGUCUUACCUCAACUACCACUUUCUGGGGGAGAAAGACUGCGGCGCGCCCUGCGAGCCGACCAAGGUGUACGGGCUCAUGUACUUUGGGCCGGAAGAGCUGCGCUUCUCGCGCACCUGGAUCGGCAUCUGGUCGGUGCUGUGCUGCGCCUCCACGCUCUUCACGGUGCUCACGUACCUGGUGGACAUGCGGCGCUUCAGCUACCCGGAGCGGCCCAUCAUCUUCCUGUCAGGCUGCUACACGGCAGUGGCCGUGGCCUACAUCGCCGGCUUCCUGCUGGAGGACCGGGUGGUAUGUAAUGACAAGUUCGCCGAGGACGGGGCGCGCACAGUGGCGCAGGGCACCAAGAAGGAGGGCUGCACCAUCCUCUUCAUGAUGCUCUACUUCUUCAGCAUGGCCAGCUCCAUCUGGUGGGUGAUCCUGUCGCUCACCUGGUUCCUGGCAGCUGGCAUGAAGUGGGGCCACGAAGCCAUCGAGGCUAACUCUCAGUAUUUUCACCUGGCUGCCUGGGCCGUGCCGGCCAUCAAGACCAUCACCAUCCUGGCGCUGGGCCAGGUGGACGGCGACGUGCUGAGCGGGGUGUGCUUCGUGGGGCUCAACAACGUGGACGCGCUGCGCGGCUUCGUGCUGGCUCCACUGUUCGUGUACCUGUUCAUCGGUACAUCUUUCCUUCUGGCAGGCUUCGUGUCCCUCUUCCGCAUUCGCACCAUCAUGAAGCACGACGGCACCAAGACCGAGAAGCUGGAGAAGCUCAUGGUGCGCAUCGGCGUCUUCAGCGUGCUUUACACGGUGCCAGCGACUAUCGUCAUCGCCUGCUACUUCUAUGAGCAGGCCUUCCGGGACCAGUGGGAGCGCAGCUGGGUGGCCCAGAGCUGCAAGAGCUAUGCCAUCCCCUGCCCCCACCUCCAGGCGGGCGGAGGCGCCCCUCCGCACCCGCCCAUGAGCCCCGACUUCACAGUCUUCAUGAUCAAGUACCUUAUGACGCUGAUCGUGGGCAUCACGUCAGGCUUCUGGAUCUGGUCCGGCAAGACCCUCAACUCCUGGAGGAAGUUCUACACCAGGCUAACCAACAGCAAACAGGGGGAGACCACCGUCUAAGACCAGAGGCUCAGCCCAUUCCCAGCCCUUGGCCUGGUGCCCCCAGCUGCCCCCAAAAGUUGGCCCCAUGGAAUCCUUGCCAAAUCUGGCUGCUCGAGUCUUCCUCACUAGCCGUUCGCUUUCGCAGGCUCCUUUUAACAACAAGGCUCCUGCAAAAGCUUCUGUCCCUGGGGGCAGACUCUACUGCCAGAGGGGGGAUGCACAGAGCUCUCUUGCUCUCACACUCUGGUACCUGGAACUGUACGCUUUUGUGAUUGUAAAUAGCCUGUGUAAGAUUUUUGUAAGUAUAUUUGUAUUUAAAUGACGACCGUUCACGCGUUUUUCAUUUCCUUUCCUUUUUUUGUUUUUGUUUAAAUUUUAAUUAUUUAGGGCGGUUUAACCAUUCGAGGCUUUUCCUUCUUGUCCUUUUCAGAGUACGGCAGAGAGAAAAUCCGAGCGCAUAGCUCGCUCCUCCUGCUCGUGCUGGCGCGCCCCUCCCUGCCACGGGUGGGGAACGCCUGGGGCUGCGCCGCCCGGGUCACUUCCCUGCUCCUCUUUCUGCUCCCUCCUUUCCCUUCCUUGCUCGGGGCUGGGGCUCUUAAGGUACUGAACUACACAAAGCUUCCGAAUCUGGGGGUGGGCCUCCUGCCCAUCCCAGGCCUGCCCUUGUCUGGGGCCGGAUAGCAAAGGCCUGUCCCUUUGACUCUCCGAAGCUGAAAUUUUCACUGUCCAGAACCUUCCCCCUGGCUUCAAGGAGGCCCGCAGGGUGCACUGGCUGUCGCACCCUCCCUCUGUCUGGCCCCCAACGCCCAGACACUCCCUUCUUCCACCUAAGUUGGUUACAGGGUGAGUGGGAUAACCAAUGCCAAACUUUUUUAAGUCUAAUUUUUGAUGGAUGAGCUCAUUUCAUUCUCUAGCGUCUAAAACCUGGUAUGGGUUUGGCCAGCGUCAUGGAAAGAUGUGGUUACUGAGAUUCGGGAAGAGGCAUGAAGCUUUGUGUGGGUUGGGAGAGACUGAAGAUGGGGGUUAUAAAAUGUUAAUUCUAAUUGCAUACUGAUGCCUGGCAACCUGCCUCUAGGGUUGAAACAGCCUGAGUUGAGAUUUUACCGUUCUGUAAAAUGGAAACGUUUGGUCACCUGGGAAGCUUUGUUGAAAGAGUUGAUCUUUGCUUUCCUUUAACAGGAAAUGGUAAACUGAAUAUGAAAACUUGAAGGAGAUUUCAGUGUAAUGGGCUUCCCCAAAAUGAAAUGCUACUUUAUUGUUUUUAAUCAAAUAAUAAUUAGACAUCUAUCAGAAACUUUAAAAUGUAAAAGUUGUACACUUUCAACAUAUUAUUAUGAUUAUUAUUCAAGGGAGGAACAAUCCACAUCAUUAAUAAUAACCUGGUAAGAUUCCAGGAGGCAAAGGAGGUGGAAUAAUUGAUGGGAUUAGCUCCUGAAAUAAACAAAAUAUGGGCAUGCAUGCUAAAGGGAGAAUGUGUGCAGGUCUACUGCACUAAAUCCUAUGUGCUCCUUUUUGGAUUUACAGAAAUGUGUCAAAAUGGAAAUCUUUCAAAGCCAUUUAAAUAUAAUUCACUUUAGUUCUCUGUGAAAAAGAGGAGAAAAGCGAUCCUCCUGAUUGUAUGGUUUUAAACUUUAAGAGUUUAUCAAAAUACCGGUACUUAGGACCUAAAUUUAUCUAUGUCUGUCAUACCCUAAAGUGACAAUGGUCUUUGAAUUUGGUAUGCAUUUAUUCUGUUCACUAUCACAAAAUCAUCUAUAUUUAUAGAGGAAUAGAAGUUUAUAUAUAUAUAAUACCAUAUUUUUAAUUUCGCAAAUAAAAAAAUCAAAGUUUUGUACAAAAUUAUACGGUUUUUUGUGCCUGAAAAUAAUAGAGCUGGAACUGUCUGCACUAUGAAACUAUCUUUACAUUUUAUAGUGUCUAUAGUCAAUCUCACAGUAUAUAAAUUCAGGAAUUCAAGGAAAAAGUCUAUCUGUAAACCUUCAGAUCCUUCCAAAGAAUUAGCCUGCUUGCAUGGUGCUUGAUGUUGUAAAGUCCCUAGAAAAGGUCUGCUUCCAUAGUAGUGACAGUAUAUAAUAGAAGUUUGCAAAUUAUUUCUUUACUCAAAGAAGAUGAUUAAAAAGAGAAUUCUCAUUUUA